UCUCACACAAGGUAGAUCUCAUUUUGUUUGAGACUGGAUACAGUUGUAACCAAACCACACACCCACGAGAGGGUAUGAUGGCUAAGAAGCCCCCGAAACCAGCCCCUCGAAGGAUCUUCCAAGAGAGGUUAAAGAUUACUGCUCUACCUUUAUACUUUGAAGGUUUUUUAUUAGUCAAGCGCUCAGAAUACCAGGAAUAUAAACAAUAUUGGACAGAGUUGAGAGGAACUACCCUUUUCUUUUAUAAUGACAAAAAAAGCACAAUAUAUGUUGACAAGCUAGACAUAAUAGACCUCACAUGCCUUAAUGAGCAGAAUUCAACUGAUAAAAAUUGUGCAAAAUUCACCCUUGUUUUGCCAAAAGAAGAAGUGCAACUGAAGACGGAGAACACAGAGAGUGGGGAAGAAUGGAGAGGCUUCAUUCUUACAAUAACAGAGCUGUCAGUUCCCCAACAUGUGUCACUCCUUCCUGGACAAGUAAUUAGACUGCAUGAAGUCUUAGAGAAAGAAAAGAAAAGGAGGAUUGAGACAGAGCGGCUGCCAAGUACAUCUCCGGAAGAAGAGAGGGAACCAAUAGAGGAUUAUGUGGAUGUACUGAACCCUAUGCCAGCAUGCUUCUAUGCCGUGUCUCGGAAAGAAGCAACUGAGAUGCUUGAGAAGAAUCCUUCACUGGGAAAUAUGAUCCUGAGGCCUGGUAGUGACAGCAGAAACUUCUCCAUCACUAUCCGGCAGGAGAUAGACAUGCCAAGAAUCAAGCACUACAAAGUGAUGAGGGUAGGAAAAAGCUACACUAUCGAACUGGAAAAACCUGUAACACUUCCAAACCUUUUUAGCGUCAUUGAUUAUUUCAUGAAGGAGACUCGAGGAAAUUUACGACCAUUUAUAUAUUCAACUGAUGAAAACCUUGGCCAAGAACCCAUGAUAGAAGGGCAAAGAGAGAAGUUGAAGAAACAUCUACAUAUUGCAUGAAAUAAAAUGGGGAAACCAUUUUUAUGAAUCUUGAUAAAUGUAAAAGACAAAUAACUGGGACUUUCCCAGAACUAACCAAAGACACAAAUCUAGAUUCAAAGAGCUGAAAAAAACACACACACACAAACAAACCCCGAACAGGAUUAAUAAAAGAAAUCUAUAUCCAGACACAUAAUAAUUAAAUUGCAUAAAAGAAAUACAGAUGAAGAGAUUUCUCUGAAGAUCUAAUAUUUAGCCUGACAGCUGACUAAACAGCAACAGGGGGAGUCAUAAGAGAGUAGAAAAAUAUCUCCAAUGUGCUGAAAGAUAAUAAACAUCAAAUCAGAAUUUUACAUUUAGCAAAAAUAUAUUUGCAGAAUGAUGGCAAAAUAAAGAUUUUUCAUACAAAAGAAUCAUAAGCAAGUAUGCCAGAGCAGUCUUUCACAAAUUAAAACUCUGAAGGAAAUAUUCCCAAUAGAAAUGUAUCCCAGAUGACAAGCCUGAGUUACAAAACAGAAUAAAGAGCAAAGAAAGUGAUAUUGUGUAGGUAAAUAUAAACAUUGAUUCUAUAAGCAAAAUAAUAAAGUCUUGUAGAAUUAAAAGAUAACAGAAUUAAUAUGCAUAACAGAAAUAGAAUAUGACUAUAGUAUGCAAGUAGAAAUUAGAGCAUUAUUCUAGUUAUUACAUCAGCAUAAUAAAUAAUCCCCAAACUUAGUUGCAUAAACAAUCCGUGUUCAUGGAUUUUUGUGGGUCAGGUAAUUGGAAGGGCACAGCAAAUGUGAAAGUUUUGCUUACAGUCUACGGCCAUACCACCCUGAAUGUGCCCAAUCUCGUCUGAAAGUUUUGCUUAUUCAUACUCCUGACGCCUGAUGAUGGUAGUAGGUUGGGGCUGUUCUCUCCAUGUGGGCUAGUUUAGGCUACCUCACAGCAUGAUGUCUGGAUUUCAAGGUUGAAUUUUUAAAGAGGGAGUCAGCAAGCAAGAAAGGAAGAGCCAAGAGAAAGCCUCUAUGACCUAACCUUGGAAAUCAUACAGUGUUACAUAUGCUGCAUUCUGUUACACUGAGUGGCCAGAUUAUUAUGACUGGCCAGAUUAUUAUGACCACCCCAUCAGUACU